GUAAAUGAAAACCGCGGAGCUGCUUCUGGAGUGACCACUGAACAUCAGACAUCAUCCAGGAUGGUGCUACCUGGGAGGCCCGGGCUGCUCCAGCUCUUCUGCCUGCUCGCCGUGUUUGGGUCGGUGUGUCCGCUGGACUCCGGCAUGCUCUUCCCCCGGGAGUCCUCCUCCAGGGAGCGGAAGGAGCUCAACGGGCUGUGGAGCUUCAGGGCGGACCAGUCCCCAGACAGGAACCAGGGCUUCGAGAGGCAAUGGUACAAAAGUCGCCUGGCAGAGACCGGCCCAGUGAUUGACAUGCCAGUCCCUGCCAGCUACAAUGACAUCACGCAGGACACCACUCUGAGAGAUUUCAUUGGCUGGGUGUGGUAUGAGCGUGAGGUGGUGGUGCCCGCCCGCUGGAUCGACGAUAAAGGAACGAGAGUGGUUAUCAGAGUGGGAAGUGCUCACUAUAAUUCCAUAAUGUGGGUGAACGGGGUGAAAGUGACGGAGCAUGAAGGUGGCCAUCUUCCUUUUGAGGCUGAGAUUGGCAGUUUAAUCCGCCAGGGCCCACCUCAGCCCUGCAGGAUAACUAUCGCCGUCAACAACACUCUGACCCCGCACACUCUUCCUCCAGGAGUCAUCAGGCACAUGGACGACACCACCAUGUAUCCUCCAGGUUAUUUUGUGCAAAGCAUCUACUUUGACUUCUUCAACUAUGCUGGCUUACAUCGCUCCGUGCUGCUGUACACGACUCCCAAAGCUUAUGUGGAUGACAUCACUGUGGUGACCGACUUCUUGGACAGCACUGGUAUCGUCAACUACAAAAUAUCAGUCAAAGGUGCUGCGACAGCCAACCUGAAGGUCACUUUGAUAGACAAAGAUGGAAGCUGUGUGGCCUCCAACAGCUCGCCAUCUGGAGUGCUCAAAGUAGCAGACGUGAAGCUGUGGUGGCCGUACCUGAUGCAUGAGAAUCCUGCUUACCUUUACUCUUUGGAGGUUCGCUUAACGGCAGCGGAUCACAAAUCUACGUAUGAAGAUGUGUAUACUCUACCAGUCGGCAUCCGAACAGUCAACGUUAGCGGCACACAGUUCCUCAUCAACAACAAGCCCUUCUACUUCCAUGGAGUCAAUAAACACGAGGACUCUGACAUUCGAGGUAAAGGCUUCGACUGGCCCCUGGUCGUCAAGGACUUUAACUUAAUGAAGUGGAUGGGGGCCAACUCGUUCCGCACCAGCCACUACCCCUAUGCUGAGGAGAUCCUGGACAUGUGCGACCGCCACGGCAUCGUGGUGAUAGAUGAGAGCCCGGGGGUGGGCAUCAAAGAAAUUCAGAGUUUUGGAAACGAAUCCCUGACCCAUCACCUGGCUGUCAUGGACGAGCUUGUACGUCGGGACAAGAACCACGCCUCUGUGGUCAUGUGGUCCGUAGCCAACGAGCCGGCUUCAGAGCUGCCCCCCGCUGGAAUGUAUUUCAAGACCCUGAUACAACACACCAAAUCUCUGGAUCCAACGCGGCCCGUCACUUUUGUUACAAACAGUAACUUUGCCAGGGACAGAGGGGCUCCCUAUGUGGAUGUAAUCUGCAUCAACACUUACUUUUCCUGGUACCAUGAUGCAGGCCACCUGGAGGUCAUCCCCAUCCAGCUUAACACAGAGUUUGAGAACUGGUAUGGAAAGUACAAGAAACCCAUCAUCCAGAGCGAAUAUGGAGCUGACACAGUGCCAGGGCUCCACAGCGAUCCACCCAUGAUGUUUAGUGAGGAGUACCAGAAGGAAGUCCUGCGGGGUUACCACCAAGUGUUCGACAAGAAGGAAUAUGUCAUUGGAGAACUCAUCUGGAACUUUGCCGACUUCAUGACUGAACAAGGGAUCGUACGUGUGAUGGGGAACAAGAAGGGCGUUUUCACCAGGCAAAGGCAGCCCAAAGCUGGAGCAUUCAUCCUGAAGGAGAGGUACUGGAGACUAGCAAAUGGAACAGGCAGACUACCUCCGUGGACCAAGUACCCCUGCUCGUUGUGACACCCAGUCCACAGGACCGGCUCGAUCCCAUGUAAACACUGUGGCUCAUGGAAACAUUGCUGGUCAGUUUCUUGAGACAAAGUUUAGUUAAGCACAUACAGUCAUAGAAAAAAAUAUUUAUUAGACCACCCUUGUUUUCUUCAAUUUCUUGUUCAUUUUAAUGCCUGGUAAAACUAAAGGUACAUUUGUUUGGACAAAUAUUAAAAUAAGAUUAGAAUUAGAAUAGAUUAGAUUAGAAUAAGGGAUGAUAUCUAGCCAUUUUCCAUUGUUUUAUUGAUAAUGAUUUUGGUUAUCAAGAAAACCAUGGAAAAUGUCUAGAUAUCAGCUCUUAAAUUAAACUCUUAGCUAGUUUUGUUGUUAUCAUUAUAAUUGCCCAAACAAAUGUACCUUUAGUUGUACCAGGCAUUAAAAUGAACAACAUAUUGAAGAAAACAAGGGUGGUCUAAUCAUUUUAUCCAUGACUGUACAUUCACACUUUGAAACCAUUUCAGUGUGUGCACAUGAUCAAACCACCAUGAAAUUUUGUUGUCCUAUGGUCUGCAAUUUCUAAUAUUUUUAAAGCAUAAAAUUUGUGAUAGUGCAAUCACAUUUUAUAAUAGUAGCAAUAAUAAUAAUUAUACCUCUGAUAUGAAGGAAGUGAAGGUGUAAAACUUUCAGUUGUUACCGGAAAUGAUGACACACAUAAGCAAGGCAGUGACUUCCUCUGUUACCAUAAAAAGAUAGAGGUCAAAACCAGAUCAUAAUCCUUCAUCGGUGAUCAGCUCUGACCUUUGAUAUGUCAGGUGAUUAUGAGGACACCAGUCAGAGGACGCACAUCACAUUACAAAGACACUGUAAAGAAAGAGAGUUUGCACACUAUCUCCGCUUAAUUUCAUUUCCUUCAUGUGUUUGGAGACAUAUUUUCUUAAAUGAACGCAUAAAAUAGUUAAAUAGUUUCAUAUAACAACAGUUUUGGAAGCUGCUGUUAUUUCAGAGCAUUUAGCAUCAGCAUAAUUUGCCUUUUCUCAAGGUAAAAAGUACUUAAUAUGUGUACUGUUCAUGUGAAAUGCAAUGCUGAAUCUAACCACAAGUGUUUUAUUUUUAUAUGUAUAUAUAAAUCAAGUGCAAAAAAAUAAAUUUUGCUAUAAUUAAGGCCAAUAAAGACAAAACUAUUGUACUCAAUAUGCAAAUUGUAUUUUUUUAAAUCAUUUUAAAAACCUUUGUGGUGGCGUGACUGCAAUCAGACAAUUAUUAGCAAUGACUCAGCCACAUCAAACUAAUAACUCUGUUACAGCUGGACAAAUAAUGAAUAUUUAGACUCAGAGUAGCUACCAUAGCAGUAUAUCUACAGUCAUGGAAAAAAUUAUUAGAUCACCCUUGUUUUCUUCAGUUUAUUUAUUUAAUGUCUGGUACAACUAAAAGUACAUUUGUUUGGGCAAAUAUAAUGAUGAUAACAAACAUAGCUUAAAAAGUUUAAUUUAAGAUCAGAUAUCUCGCCAUUUCCCAUGGUUUUCCUGAUAAUGAUUUUGGUUUUUGUCAAGACAACCAUGGGAAAUGUCUAGAUAUCAGCUCUUAAAUUAAACUAUUAUCAGCUUUUUUUGUUAUCAUUAUAUUUGUCCAAACAAAUGUACCUUUAGUUGUACCAGACAUUAAAAUUAACAAGAAACUGAAGAAAAAAAAGUGGUCUUAUUUUUUCCAUGACUGUAUGUAUUGUUCGUGUGAAAUGCAACAUGAAUCCAACCACAAGUUUUAUUUUUAUAUGUGUAUAUAUAAAUGAAGUGCAAGAAAAUCAAUUUUGCUAUAAUUAAUGCAAAUGAAGACAAAACUACUGUACUAAAUAUGCAAAUUGUAUUUUUUUAAAAGCAUUCCCAACAUUAUUCUUAUAGUUUUGUAGAGCACAUUGAAGUGUACUUUACAGUUUUUGUGCUGUUUCUCAAAGUCUCUAACUGAAAUCUUUAAAAAGUCAACAAGUGGUGUGUUCAUCGUUGGUGGUGGCGUGACUGCAAUCAGACUUUUUUUUUAUUAUCAGUAACUCAGCCACAUCAAACAAAUGACUAAGAGCUGGACAAAUAAAUAUUUGGACUCAAGUUUAGAUUUCUAUCAAACACAGUAGCUACCAUAGCAGUAUAUCUAUUUACAAGAUGUUGCUAAAAAUCUCCAACUUGUCAUGACAAAACCAGUAAAACCAGCCUCUGGAGUUUUUUUUCAACUAUGCUUUUCUGAGUUGGCUCCAGCUGUAAUAGCCAUUCAAUAACUGUUGCACAGCUGGAGAUUAAUGUGUCAAUAAACAUGCUGCCCUUUCAAAUACUUCCUUGAAAGAUU